AUGGUGUUGUUCGGAUACCUUCAGACUCCACAGUUCUGUGUCGUUAAUAAUAAUACUACCGCUACAUCUGCCAAAUCUUCCAAUGCGAAUGAAUAUGGGUAUGAUAGGGAGAAAGUUUCGGAUCCCUCGGUUGGCUUGUUUGGACCGGCCACCAGGAUCUUGAAAACAGGCGCCGAUAUCCUCAACAAUAAGAUACUACAAGUGCGAGAUGGAUUGACGGAAGAAGAACGGUUUGCCUUGCGCAAAAAGGAGGAGAGGAUACAAAUCUUGAAUUUGCGGAUGAAGAACGCAGAAACGUUGGAAGUUUGGAGGAGUGCCGCGAAAGAGUUAGAUAUACUCGAGGAUAAUGAAGCAUGGAAACUCGACUCACUGUCGACCGACUUUGACGCUGCGUUAAUCGAAGCAAGGACUAAACAGAUGGAUACGGCUAGAAUCGAUUGCGAUAUUAAGAAGAUGCUUACAUUGGUGCGCACAACAUUGUCCAGGGAUCUGGGAGGUAUGGGCAAUAUCAGACUAUACAAGCAUAGUCAUGUUGGAACGAAAGUUGUCAUCGAGAGGUAUAUUGAGUCGACGUUGGAUACGAUACGCGCAUUGGUUGAAAACAGCAAGUAUGCCUUGCCAGUCGGAUUGGAGACAAAGGAUAUACUAGAGCAGGUUGUGUAUGCAAGGCAGGCUUUUGGGAGAAGUGCCUUACUACUGAGUGGAGGAGCAACUUUUGGAAUGAACCACGUCGGGGUCUUGAAAGCUCUGUUCGAGGCUCGUCUACUACCAAGAAUCAUAUCGGGUGCUUCUGCUGGUAGUAUAGUUUGUGCUGUGUUGUGCGCAAGGACCGAUGAAGAGAUACCGGACGUGCUGAAGGAAUUCCCGCACGGAGACCUUGCAGUGUUCGAGGAAAAUGGAAAUGAAGACGGAGUCCUGGAUAGAAUCAGACGGCUGUUGACAGAAGGUGCGUGGAUCGAUAUAAAACACUUAACGAGAGUCAUGCGGGAACUUUUGGGAGAUAUGACAUUCCAAGAGGCUUACAAUCGAUCUCGUCGCAUUCUCAAUAUAUGUGUAUCAUCUGCCUCAGUAUACGAGCUACCUCGGCUACUUAACUAUGUUACGGCACCGAAUGUCAUGAUUUGGUCAGCGGUAGCUGCGUCAUGUUCGGUGCCUCUUCUAUUUUCUGCAGCGGAACUACUCAUGAAAAAUCCGCUUACGGGAGAGACUUCGUCUUGGAAUCCUACACCUCAACGUUGGAUUGAUGGGAGUGUGGACAACGAUCUACCAAUGACUCGGUUGGCAGAAAUGUUCAAUGUUAAUCACUUCAUUGUUUCUCAAGUCAAUCCUCAUGUUAUACCAUUCAUCGCUAAGGACGAGGAAGCGGUCAAAGAAACUGUAAUGAAAAAUGGUAACGGAGGACCCGGCUGGGUCUAUAAUCUCACACAUUUGGCAAAGGCGGAAGCUCUGCAUCGUAUGCAAGUUUUGGCCGAAUUGGGUGUAUUUCCAAAUCUGGUAACUAAGUGCAAGUCUAUCCUGAGUCAGAAAUAUUCUGGUGAUAUCACAAUUCUACCAGAAAUCAAUUUUAAGGACUUUCCCAGGAUACUAAAGAAUCCGACGACCGAAUUCAUGGAGCAGGCUUGUUUGUCUGGGGAAAGAGCUACUUGGCCAAAAUUAAGUCGUGUAUGGAAUCACUGCGCCGUUGAACUGGAGUUAGAUGCUGCUGUGCAGAAACUACGAGCGAGAGUAGUUUUUAGUCCAAGUGAGGUUAACCUAAGACGGUUGAGGGCUGGUGAGGGCUCCCGACAGUCUACCGGAAUGGGAAGACAAAGAUUUGAUAAUGGAAAUUUGUUACUGAUGUCGCGGGAUGAAGAUAGUGAAUCUUUUGAACAAAAUGGGAAAUGGGGAAAUCCAUCUCGCCCGCCCCUUAGGGCAACAGCCUCGGUAUUAGACAUUGCAAAACAUCAAGAGCGUUCCCAUCACACCGGACCUCUUUCGGCUCAGACUACUCCUCGUCGUACGCCACGAUUAGGGCUAGAAAAUGAAAUGUUCAGCUUCCCUAUUCCUUCAAGAGACAUGCUUCACAUCAAGCACCAAAUUCGAGAUCUCUCAUCUCCCGGAGAAACAACACUUUCACCGUCAAGCUCUGAUGCCGAUAAUGAGCCACAGACUGAUGAAAGCACUACAGAACCAGAGGCAGAUGAAGCUAUAUAUGAUAUAGCUGGCUCGACCGCUGAUAGACAACUUGACUUAUUCUCCAGGAAUCAGCCCAUCACUGCAGGAACGGAUCGUAUCCUCGCUACAUCUCCCUCGAUUAUAAGAAAUGGGACUGGGCUUGUAUAUCCACCCACAGCCAAGUCACCAAAUGAGAUGAGACCAAGAGGAGAGAGGAAUAGCGUCACUGAACCGAGUAGUCCUGAGUGGAGUUAUAAGAAAAUGUUCCAUCAGUGGAAGGAAGACGAUAUGAGGGAUGCUGCAUAG